AUGGAAUAUAUGAGCGGAUUUCGAAAAGUUGACCCUCUGAAAUCGCUGUCGUCAAAACGAAAGCCUUUGGCUAAGCACGACAACCAGUUCUGGCUAGACCCUAAGUUCUUCAAGUGGGAGUCGCAGAGAAAAUCCUCGGUUAUAAUGGUCAAGGGUGAUUAUCAGGCGAAACACAUUGUCAGAUCCUUCGCAGUGAACUUGAUCCGUGAACUUCGGAAUAAGAAUUUCCCUAUAAUAUGGGUACUCAAAACGACCGGAGCAGAUUGUGAAGCGAAUGGGAUAUCGGUUGAUGAUAUUCUGAAGGACAUGAUAUGCCAAGGCCUAAAACUCAAUUUGUCACAACAUUCUGAGCGUGAUAUGGCGAUGAGCUGUGUCCAGUUUCGUUCUGCGGAGUCACUUGACGAGUGGACGGAGCUAUUGGCUAAAGUACUUGGAAAUAUGCGAGAGAUAUAUAUGAUUGUGGACAUUGAAGCUGUGGAUUUGGUCCAUGCGACCCAGCUCAGUGGUUUUUCGUGGAUCACUACAUUCCAGCGUAUUUUUGCUAGUCUCAGCGCCCGAGGAUGUACGACACACCUCAGAGUUAUUAUCAUGAGUUACGGCUCUGCCACUCUCCAAGAAAGCAAACUGACAGAAUCAUCUCAUUUGAUUGUUUCUGCUAGGUUGUCAGGCCAUGCAAAUCGAUAUUCGACCAAGCGCGUACGGAGGUGA